GAAACUUCCUCACGUGACAUCAGUCCAAGUGAAGAUGUCAACAUCGACAACCGAGUACACUUGAAGUUAUUUGACUGAUGUUUUUGUCGUAUUGCUGGAAAUCGGAAGGGAAUGUCGAUCACUGCUUGACUGUCACAUAAGAUAGGUAAGGUAUGUUGGUGUCUCAAGAAAUAGUCUGUGGAAUGCUAUCCAAGACAAGCUACACCAGCUAGCUAGAGAUAGAUUCGUGUUGGCUUUGUGAGUAGCCCAGUUUAACGUUCACAAACAACUGCAGGUCCUGCAUUGCGAUGAAGCUAACAAGCUAGCUGGUAUUUAACCAGUAUUCUACAAGUUAGCGUCCAUCAUCUCUAUACUGAUGGCUGGAUGUCACAGUGGCCAAUCCACCCUUGUCAACAGCUUGGCCACUCUGCUUCGGAAUCAUGGUACAUCUGUACUGGACGGCAGCAGUACCCUGACUCUACAGGCAGACUCAAUGCAGCACCUAGGUCGUCUGUUUGAGCAGUACCUCCUCUCCAGGACUCACCAACAUGGCUUCCUGGCUCUGCCCUCACACCCUGCUGACACCACCUCCCUACUGCAGCUCCAGUUCCUGUUCGAUGUGCUGCAGAAGACUGUCUCCCUCAAGCUCGUCAAUCCACCAGGGUUGAGGUUUCAGUCAGUGGUCAAGAUCUUUCCUUUCAAGUCUCUCAAGUCCUUAGAGUUGAAGCGUAUCCCCCCUCACUGUCUGGAGGACCUGAGGGGAGUCUACUCUCAGUUAGAGGUCUUCACCUGCUCCAGGAGCCUCAGUUCCCUGGAGGAGCUACUGUCUCUGUGUGGAGGAGACCUCAGCUCUGCAUUGCCCUGGCUGGAGCUGCACACCCUCAACUUCAGCUACAACGCUAUAGUCUGCCUGGAUGAGUCACUGAGUUUACUGAAUGUUCUGAAGUCUCUGGAUCUUAGUCACAAUAAAAUCCAGGAGUGUGCUGACUUUCUCAAGCCUCUGAGUGAGCUAGAGCACCUCAACCUGGGCUUUAACAAUCUCCAGAGAGCACCAACGCUGGGCUUGAGCUCCAGAGCCAAACUCCUCACUCUCAUCCUCAGAAACAACGAGCUGGAGACCAUCAACGGAGUGGAGCAGUUGUCAUCCCUACAGCACCUGGACUUGGCUUACAACCUGCUACUGGAUCACUCCCAGCUGGCUCCUCUGUCGAUGCUGCACAGUCUCAACAUGCUGAAUCUGAAGGGCAACCCACUGUUUUUCCAGAAGAGUCACAGAACCCGCACUGUCCGCCACCUCUCCCCCAAGGCUGCCUACCUCAGACUCAGACUAGACAGCAGCCCUCUCUCCUCUUCAGAGUUGUCAGUGCUACCCAAACCGGGACAGCUGAUUGGGCAGCUUCAGUCCCAGGCCUCGCCCUUGAUCACCAGGGCUCCAGAGCGGGGUAACCAGGAAGUAGUGUCCAGCGGGGGCGGGGAAUUGAGUGACAGCCUGUCGGUCAGCGAAGUGGGAGUGACACGACAACGCAAGAAGAAAGCCAAAAGUAAGGUGAGGGUGAGACGGGCUAGCAUCUCAGAGCCCAGUGACUACGACUAUGACUAUGAACCCAGACCACAGUCCUCUAUACAAGACAUCGUUCUCCCUCACCAGAAGGAGAUUGAACGCAUGGACAGUUUCAGGGACCAACUGGGUGAGGAUUGGCUGCGCUACCAGCAUCACUUAGAGGGGGCGCCAAUCGCCACCCUAGACAAGGCUGACAGGCCAGCUCCUCCACACCUCAACAACAGUCUCUGUGCCACCCCCUCCCCAACCAACAACAGCCCCAUCCAGGCAAGCCCCGCCACCUUUAAGCCCCCUUCUCCAGAGCUGGAAGUCCCGGAGGUUCUACCCCCACCGCUGCUCUCGUCUGAGCCCAAGGAGGAGGCCUCAGACUGGGAUGCAGAUCUGGAGACAGAGUCCACCCUCCAGUGGCCUGACCACAGCCUCGGGCACACAGAGUCCACCCUGGAGACUACUAUGGCAGAGGGACUGGUUCAGGGGUUAGAGGAGCCACCGGUGACAUCCACGGACACCAGAGAAGAAGAGGAGGAGGAGGACUUGGGAGUUGACCUGUGUCACCCCCUGCUUGUGGGAGUACUAUCAUCAUCAUCAGAGGAGGAGGAGGAGGGGCUGAGGAGGAAGAACAGGGCCCAGUGUCCUGUGUUCCUCAGGGUCAAGCCAAGACACGUCCUGGAGGUGGACAUGAGCAGGGGUCAGUUGCAGGCCCGGCUAGAGUUGGACAGUCUGGGGAGGUUCACCAUGUCCCAGGUCACCUGGACUGAGAGGGAGGUGGAGCGAACUCUUCCUGCGGUAGAGCUUCACUUCCGUUACAUCAGCAGAGAGAGGAGGAGGAGACGCUAUGUUAUGCUGGAUGAUGACCCCCAGGAGGCACUGCAGGCACUGACAGAGGUCCUGUCGCGGGUGGUGGAGGAGAAUGAGCGGCGGGUCGUGGAGGGUCGUCCCAGCUGUGUCUGCCUGCAGUGUCUCCGCUGUGGGUCAGAGUUCACACAGCGGGAAGGGAAGGAGCAGGAGGACGGAGGGACAUUGAGAGGAUGGGCAGGACUGGAAGAGCAGGAGGAGGAGAGGAAGAACAAGUGCAGAGAAGAUGGAUUGGGAAGUACCGUCAUCUGUCCUGAGUGUGGUAGUGAUCAUGUGGUCCAGCUGGCUGGCCAGUCAGCUCCCACCACCAGUACGCCCGUCCAUGGUUCCCCAUGCCAAGACGGGACUGAACGACACUUUACCUUCAACCACAGAGAGACACCUCUACCCAGUCACCCUGGCAACAAGGACCCCACCAUGGAAGGUCCUUCCUCUGCCAGGGCCAGCCACUUCGGCAGCCCUGCCAUGAAGGCCUCAACCCAGGACACUAUCCAGACCACCAUCUCCAUGGAGGACCCCACCUCCUUCUUCUCAGCCAAGGGAAGCUCCUUCUCCCUGGGGGAGACCUGGGAGGACCAGAGCUGUGACCGGAGCCUGUCCCAACCUACCAGCUUCUACAGUACAGAGGGCCAGAGUAAAGGAGGUAUAGCAGGGAGCUGCAGCUAUUCUGUUAGUGCUACCUCACCUGGACCCCAGGAUCAGCAUGCAGAACAAGCCAGUCCAGGCCAGUUGGACCUUCUCUCAGAGGACUAUGAGGCGGUAGACCAUCGGCUGAAGCUCUUCCUAGAUGUGGAGGUGUUUGAAGAGGAAGAGGAGCUCCACUCCUUUCUCAAGGUGUCGACCGUGAAGUUUGGUGAUCCGGUGGAGUUCCCCUCGUUCCUGGUGGUGUCUGACCAACGCAUCUACUUCCUGGAAGUGACAUCCGACAUGGAAGGGCAGCCUUGUGAUUGGCUGCAGAAGAGGGAAAGCCGUGGAAUCACAGAACUGAGUUACCUGGAGGUGGGACUGGGCUCCCAGAGUAUCCACAUGGAGUUUGAGGACGGGCCUGUGGCCUACACCCUGCUAGUACGGGACAGCGUGCGUUGCAAACGCUUCUUCAGCCUCUUCACAGGAGUGGUGCGUGAGUUGGCUACCAAGUCAGACAGCAAGCUUAAGUCUAUCUCCACCACCAGGCUCAACCCACAGCAUCAUCUCUGGCCCCUUGUGUGUGAAGACAUGCAGACUGAUGUGGAGGAUGGCCAGCUACAGUUCUUCUACCUCCUGUCCUUUCUACAUCAAGGUACAUUAGAAGACCGUGUGACCCCUCUGACAGUGCUGGCCACCCGGGAAACCCUGUACCUGCUCAACGAAGACCACCAAUGGAGCAAGAGCUUGCCCCACCCAUCAGCCAAUGAGAACGGGGGACCCUGCAGUGGGCGGUUCACUGUUCAGGAGACCCAGCCAAUCAGCUGUGUCAGCUCUGUCCAUCUAUGGUCGUCUGACCCGUGCAGAAUGGACAUCAAGCUUUACGAUGAGAUAGUGAAGGAGGAGAAGACGUGGUCGUUGCACUCUGACAGUGCAGAGCUGGUGCAGGGCCUGCUGGUCUGGGUCAGAACACAAUGGGAGAACAUGUUCGGAGUCAAACUCGCCAUCACCAACCUCACCCUACCAGCCUGAGAGAAAACACCCACCUUUCCAACUGUGUAUGUGUGUGCACCUGUGUGAAUGUGGGUCUGUCUGUCUUCACUGUCAGACUUGACCCUCAAUAGGACAGUAUGUUUACCUGGUUUGAAGCCAACUAUGAUUUCCUCAUGUUUGUUCACUUUUACAAAAGCACUGAUCUGUUAACGCCUCAUCUGAAUCCCGUCCAUUUUCUAACCCUGCCAGUAUAGUCAGCCAGGGAGAGUAUAGUCAGCCAGGGAGAGUAUAGUCAGCCAGGGAGAGUAUAGCCAGCCAGGGAGAGUAUAGUCAGCCAGGGAGAGUAUAGUCAGCCAGGGAGAGUAUAGCCAGCCAGGGAGAGUAUAGUCAGCCAGGGAGAGUAUAGUCAGCCAGGGAGAGUAUAGUCAGCCAGGGAGAGUAUAGUCAGCCAGGGAGAGUAUAGUCAGCCAGGGAGAGUAUAGUCAGCCAGGGAGAGUAUAGUCAGCCAGGGAGAGUAUAGUCAGCCAGGGAGAGUAUAGUCAGCCAGGGAGCGUAUAGCCAGCCAGGGAGAGUAUAGCCAGCCAGGGAGAGUAUAGCCAGCCAGGUAGAGUGCCUUGUGGUGUUGCCAGUCCUGCUACGUUCUAAUGCACCUUGAAUAUGUGAAAGGGGUGAGGGGGAAUCGUGUGUUUCUUUCAGUGGGGUGAGGACAGGAUAAGGAGGGAGAAAGGGGUAAGCAAAAAUGUGAGUUGAGGGGUAAGUGUGUGUGUGUGCGUGUGCGCGUGCGCGUGUGUUAUCAGGGUAGUUAGUCCAUUCCUCUGAAGCUCAGUGGACUGUGACUUCAUCAGGAGUCCCGGAACUGGAACAGUGAGUCGUGACAUCACACGCUCGGCACAAGGCUCUCUAGCCGUCCCGUGAGGCUCCGCUCCGGACACCUCUGAUGUGACACCUCUUGGUUAUUUUCUUUUUCAGCAGGGUCUUUCUUUGAUGUCUCUAAACACUGUGAUUAUGUAAAGGAAAAAGGCAACCGAAGGCCAAAGUAACCCAAGUGAAGAGUUGCAGCCAAGGCAAUGAACCGGGACAGUAUCUGUGUUCUGUAUUCUUGGGAAAAGUGCAGAAUACGCAUGAUAGGGAAGGGUUCUGACUGACCUGUUUUAAAGUGGGAGAUGUUAGUUGGUUUGUGGCUGUCUGUUAAAAUGUAUAGUCUUACGCUAAUACCUCUCUAGUGCAGUUGAACUAUAUUGUGAAUGUAAAGUGAAUGCUAUUUUUGAUGUAGACAGAUGAAAAGAUGUGUAGAAGUGGACGACAAACAGAUGUGUGUAACUUAAUUUAUUUACCGUCAGCAAAUCAAUGAUAAAAAACUAUAGCUUUUUAUACUUUAAAUAAAAAUGCAUAUCUGUGGUACAAUA